AUGACUUUGUUCCCCACCAAGUUUGAAAAUGGGAAGAUUGAGUACAAGAUAAGGUACAAGGGGAGAUCAAGGCCAUUCUCUAGAGCCAAGGCCUUGGUGACUUCAGAACAAUCCAGGGACCCAACCAAGCUAAAGGAGCUUCUGUCUCAAGUCCUCACUAUCACCCUUGAUGGUACUUUAGUGAAGAACAGUAACAAGAUGACAAACAGUGAGGGAAGCCGUGCUUCACAGAGGAGAAUGGUUGAGGGUGAAUCAAGCAAUGCAAGGGAGAGAAGGCUUAAAGAUGCAAGCCGAUUUGGAAAGAAUGAAUCAAAGGAUGGAAGAGUCUGA